UGAAGUAUUUUCUAGAAUCCCGCCUUUUCUUUGACAGCAAUGUCAAAUCAGCUAAGCGUCCACUUUUUCACACCAACGAAUCGUAAGCGCUUUUUCUAAUUGUGUCUCAGUGGAAAAGUGCUGCUAAACAAAGAUUAUAGUAUAGGAAGAAAGCAAGAGUGUUGCUUGUUAUCCGCGUUGUGUUUACCCGCUUGUACACUAUUUUCCUUCACCACCGAACGCGUGUGUGUUUUAACAGAAUCGGUGUUUCUCCCUGACGGGUGCGUUUGAUCCUCAUUAAAUCGGCGUUGAAGUUCCACUAUCAUCCGCGUCUUUGCUUCUACUUACUGCCGUUCCUUCUUUGAACACGGGUAAUGGAUAACGACAGUGAUCAAAACAAUCGCGACCGUUCGCGUCGUGGUGAUCGACGUAGUGGGGGCGGAUCACGCUUCAGCAACGACCGUGAUCGGAGCCGUGACCGGGAACGUAGCGAUUGCCGGCGCAUCUACGUAUCAAAUGUACCUUAUGAGUACCGGUGGCAGGAUCUGAAAGAUCUGUUUCGCAAAGAAGUCGGUGAUGUGUCGUUCGUUGAGCUGUUCCACGAUGAAAACAAUAAGCCACGGGGUUGCGGUAUUGUCGAGUUCGAAAAGCCGGAACAUGUUCAGAUGGCACUGGAAAAGAUGAACCGAUACGAUAUCAACGGUAGAAAUUUGGUUAUCAAGGAGGAUUACGGCAACGAAAGGGACAAGUACGGACGGGUGGUGCCGAAAUCAUUCCGAGGCAACGAAAACGACAACCGCCGUCGGGACCGUGAUGAUGAUCGAAUGUCCGGACCAUCGCAUGGUGGGAGUGGUGGCGGUGGUGGCGGUGGUAUUGUAGGUGGCGGAGGAAAUAUAGGUGUCGGUGUCCUUGGCGGUGGCAAUCUCGGCGGCGUCAGUAUCGGUGUUGGUGGUAGUGAUUUUUCGCAGGAUUACAAUACAUACGGUCUGAGCGUAAAGUUCUUGGAGGGUUUAGGCAUUCAAGGGCCUUUGCAUACGAAAAUCUUCGUCGCUAAUCUUGACUAUAAAGUCGAUGCGAAGAAGCUGAAGCAGGUGUUUAAGUUGGCAGGCAAAAUUCAAAGUCUUGAUCUAUCUGUCGACAAGGAUGGCAACAGCCGUGGGUUCGCAGUCAUUGAAUACGAUCAUCCGGUCGAGGCCGUUCAAGCCAUCUCAAUGUUUGACCGGCAAAUGCUUUUCGACCGUCGCAUGACUGUCCGGCUGGACCGACUGACGGAGAAGAGCGAAAUGAGCCGGCUACCCGAGGGGCUGAAGGGAAUCGGUAUCGGAUUGGGUCCGAACGGUGAGCCACUCAAGGAUGUCGCUCGCAAUCUGCCAUCACUGCAGCAACAGAACACGGCCCUGCAAAGUGCAACCCUGUCCAAUGCUGCCCCGACACCCGUACAACCUCCGUUGACUGCAAGCAAUUUGCUCAACUCUGCCGCGACCAGCAAUCUAUCUGGGUUAAAUUCCAAUCUAGCGGCUCAGCUCAGCAAUGUGGUCGGCCUGUCGAAUCUGACUGGCGGUUUGCAAAGCUCACUCUUGUCCAAUGCGGCGGCCGGUUUGUCGAAUCUUAGCGGUCUCGGAGGUUUAGGUGCUGCGGCGGCAGCUGCGGCAGGUGGUGUUGGAGGUGGUUUGGGAGGUGCUGGCGGUGGCCUCGGUGGAGGUCUUGGUAACAGCUUGUCCAGUGCGCUCAGUGGUCUCGGUGGUUCCGGUAAUGACGGUGGGCUAGGUUCUAGCUUCAAUCAAAGUUACUCGUCCGGCUUCGGUAACGGUGGUUCCAAUCGGGGUAACGAUUAUGACAUGGGAUCUUCAAACGUUCGCAACUACAGCACAGCACCGAACGACGACUAUGGCCGUAACUACGGUGGCAUCAAUAACGGAAAUCGUAAGAUUUCAGACACUAUCAUCAUCCGCAAUAUGCCUCCUUCCUGGACUUGGCAAACGCUGCGGGAUAAGUUUCGCGAUGUCGGCGAGGUAAAAUUUGCUGAAAUUAGAGGACAGGACACUGGGGUCGUUCGUUUCGCCAAGGAACGGGACGCCGAUGUUGCCAUUAAACUGAUGGAUGGUACGCGUUUCGAAGGACGAACUGUGGACGUGAAUUUCUUUUAAAUUAAAAGGACGUCAACAUUUUAUGUUCUUUUCAUUCUCCGUGACAUGUUCGUCUUGUGUAAAGCAACAACUACUGCAACAUUCUACCGGAUUUAUUUCGCUGUACAAUAUUUUUUUUUAUAUGUUACACUAUGUGGUGGAUAGGUAGGAUUGUAUUGGGGAUUAUUGUCGUAUUUAAGCGGUUGCUUGUUUAUGCCUGACUACAGUCCUCUCGGAAGUUUACAUCUCUUUUAUUAUAGAGUUAUGGUUCAAUAGUGGCAAACCAUCUGUUUUACAUACUGAAGACCAGAAAAAAAACAUUACAAUUCUCCAUUGCACACCACUCGAAAUGCAUGCAAUUGAAAUCGUUUUGACAGCAACAGCAAUUAUACAGGUUGAUUGCAUCGAUCUCUUUUUUCACUAACCUGCGUCGGUAUUUUGAAUUGGCUUGCAUCUUUCUUUGGUCAGGUCGCAACGCAGCGGUAUGCACUUGCUCAAACCGCACAUCUGAUUUUGCUUCCUCCGAGUCCGUUUUUGCUCAAAAACGAUGUUGGUUUCGUUAACAAAUUGUAUUUCAUGAUUGUUGUGUGUCGAUUAAAUUUUCAUCCUCUCUUAUGGACUCCAUAUCCAUCUAUAUGUACAAUGUAUUCGUAUUCGUUCAUUGCAGUCUUAUAAUCGUAAAUCGUAAAUACAAUGCAAAAAGUGUGUAUGUGUGUGUGUGCGCGUUCGUUUGUGUGCGAAGAGCAAUAAUCCACGAAUGUCCGUUAUUGAUGAGCUACCAGUUUUUCGGAUGUUAAGAUAUCGAUUUCGAUCAUUUUGAAGUCAUGAACUAUUCGGCAUUAUAAGAAAAAGCAAAGCAAUCCGAGCAAACGGCACUUGAUUUUUAUCAUACCUACAUACAUCUUUUAGGCCAUUGAUUAAAAUAAAGCAAUCAAUUCUUUAGAGUGCACAGUGUAAUAGUAGAAUGGGUUACAGCAUAUAGUUAAAUGAACAAUCAUCCACGUACACAGCUAAUAAUGUACUACAUUCUACAUUUAACAGCAGCAACCGAACACUAGUGUCAUAUGUUUCAGUGUAGGAAACAUUUUAAUCCCGUAAAUCAAUAGAAUAGGUUGCGCGUUGAAAAUAAACGAAAUUCAGUUUUAACGAAGUACAAAAUAUAAUAAUAUCAAAAAAUGCUUUCUAUGGCAA